AUGCUUAACCAGAUCCUAACUUUAGCUUCAAUUGCAUCCACAGCUUCCAUCGUUCGUGCUGUUGCCAUCGACUCUGCCUUCCUUGAAAACGAUUUCUCUAAGAUCGGUUCUCAAGAAGAUAUCUAUCAAUAUUUGUAUGGUAGUGCUCCUCACUUCUCAUACCCUGUCAACAACAGUAUCUCUUUGGAUAUCCCCGAAACUUGUGAAUUGGUUCAAGUUCAUUUAUAUGCUAGACAUGGUGAAAGAUAUCCAACUGCUGGUUCUACUGCUGAUGGUAUCAACAAUAUCUGGUACAAAUUUGGUAACUAUACACAACAAUUUAAUGGAUCCCUUGCCUUCCUAAAUGAGAACUACCAAUACCCAUUUGCCAAUUCAAGUAACUAUGGUUUAUUAACAACUCCAGAUAAUGUUGCUAACCCAUACAACCCACUCCUAGGUAGUACCACCGGUACUACUGAAGGUCUAGAAUUCUUAGAACUUUACUCUAAUAUUCUACACAAACACGAAAAUUUUACUGCUUGGACUUCUAACUCCGAUAGAGUUCAUGCCACUGCUGAAUACUUUAUUAGAGCUCUAGGUGACAAAUUUAACGUUAAUUUGCAAACUAUUAGUGAAGAUGCAUCUCAAGGUGCUAAUACAUUGACUCCAAUUAAUGGUUGUCCAAACUGGAAUGAAACUGCUACCACGGCAAUCCUAGCCAAAUAUGAUCAAACUUUCUUAACUGAUAUCUCCAAGAGAUUGAACGCCGAAAACGUAGGUCUAAACUUAACUAAGACCGACGCUCUAAACAUGUUCAAUUGGUGUGCUUUCGAAAUUAAUGUCCGUGGUUACAGUGAUAUCUGUGAUGUUUUCACUAAGGAUGAAUUAAUCAAGUACGGUUACUAUGGUGAUUUGAUGACAUACUAUGAUGAAUUUAUUGGUAACCCAUUGGCCAAAGCUGUUGGCUCCGUACCAGUUAAUGCUACUUUAGCUCUAUUAAACACCCCAGAAGAUAAAUUAGACCAACAAGUUUUCCUAAGUUUCACUCAUGAUACUAAUCUAAUAAACUAUGCUGCCGCUCUAGGUAUUUUCACCGACAAUGCUCCAAUCACGCCCGAAUCCAUUGAUUGGACCACUGAUUUCCACAGAUCUUGGUUAGUUCCACAAGGUGCUAGAAUCCAAACUCAAAAGUACAACUGUAAAUCCCCAAACAAUACUUCCAUCUCUUAUGUUAGAUUCAUUGUUAAUGAUGUUGUCAAGCCAUUAACCAAUUGUAGCAGUGGUCCAGGUUUCUCAUGUUCUUUACCGGACUACAACAAAUUUGUCGAAGAUAGAUUCCAGGAUGUAGAUUUCUACACUCAAUGUGGUACUUCCAAGGUCUCUAAUGUAACUGACUUGACCUUUUACUGGGAUUACAAAACUCAUGACUACAAUGCUCCAUUAGAAAUCUAA